CUGCAAAAUUGCAGAUGCAUACAGAUCCAGCCGCAUUGCUCCUUUCGGGCGAAGUCCGUGUAUCUCGACCUCCUCUUUGUAAACCCUCGAUUGUUUAACUGACAUUUAGAUUUGUAUAGUAUCUGCAUGAAGUGGGAUGUCUGCAACGGAUUGGUAUGCGCACAAAUCUCUUGGAGAAGGUUUAUUCUGGAUCCAGGAGAGGUUUUACGAAUCGGGUAACCGAGCAAACAUUUGGCUACUUCGUGGAUCUCACCAGGACGUUAUUAUAGACACAGGUCUGGGACUGAGAAGUUUGCCAGAUUAUCUAAAUGCUAAAGGAUUGCUUGGAGAUGACCCAGAGCGAAAAAAUCCUUUGCUCGCCAUUGGGACGCACGUCCACUUCGAUCACUCGGGUGGGCUGCAUCAGUUUCAACAGGUGGGCGUUCACAGGGCAGAGGUGGAUGCGCUGGCCAACGGAGACAACUUCGAAACGGUGACCUGGUUGUCCGAUAGCGAGAUUGUCCGGGAUCCGUCUCCUGGAUGGAGAGCCAGGCAAUAUAAAGUCAAGGCUGUACAACCAACUCACAUACUACAGGAAGGUGAUGUCAUCAACCUCGGGGACCGGCAGCUGACGGUGCUGCACAUGCCCGGCCACUCCCGGGGCAGCAUCUGCCUCCACGACAAGGAGCGGAAGAUGCUGUUCAGCGGCGACGUGGCGUACGACGGGGCCAUGAUCGACUGGCUGCCCUACAGCCGCGUCAGUGACUACGUGCGCAGCUGCCGGAGGCUCCUGGAGCUGGUGGACGGGGAGGAGGUGGAGCAGGUGCUGCCGGGCCACUUUCACACCUUCGGCGCCAAGCGGCUGCACCACAUCGCCUCCAACUACAUCUCCGGAGCUGGGGCGUGCCACCGCUUCUCCACCUGCGCAGUCAAGUCCAUCGCCAGCCUGGCCCUGAGGGCCUCCAACUCCAGCAGCGCCUGUUAGCAGUGUGCCUGUUAGCAGAGCCUGUUAGCAUCGCCUGUUGAUGGUGCCUGUUAGCAUUGCCUGUUAGCAGUACCUGGUAGCAAUGCCUGUUAGCAAGCGCCGGUUAGCAUGGCCUGUUAGCAUGCGCCAGUUAGCAUGGCCUGUUAGUAAGGGCCUGUUAGCAUGGCCUGUUAGCGGUGCCUGUUAGCAUGGCCUGUUAGCGGUGCCUGUUAGCAGCACCUGCUAGCAGCACUUAUUAGCAGGGCCUGUUAGCAGUGGCUGUUAGCAAGUGCCUGUUAGCAUCUGCUGCUAGAAGCGCCUUUUGACUGCUUGGGACUGAAGUUUCUGUGAUGUAGCCAAGGAUUUUUGGAAACUGUAAAUUUCCUUUCAGAAAACACUACCAGACCUGGGUCAAAUACGUAAUUGUUUUGGAAUCAAAUACAUUCUAUGGAUCUUGGAUCUUGCCUGGUGCAAUUGAGCCAACAAAGAGGAAAAUAAAGGUGGGAUUUUCAUAGGUUCCAAUACCCCAGACAAGCCCAUAAAGUAUGGAAAUAUAUUUGAAUUGAAAAAAAUUACAUAUUUUACCCAGGUCUGACCAUUAUCACCAAAUACAACAUGAUAAUAUUGU